GGCUUAUUUAGCGGGUGUGGAACUUAUUUACCUGGCAUAUAAUUCAUAUACCUGUUUUAGGCCUCACUAACCCGGCCGGGGCUUAUUUGGCUGCUGGCAAUUUCGACACUUGAGUGACAGGACCUGAGAAGGAAAAAAUGGCCUGAGGAUAAUGAAACCUCGCCACACAUCUUCCAAUAAAAUGGGGAAACCAGCUGGCGGGAGAUCAGCAAAAAGUCCUUUAAAAUCACAAAAUCAACAAGGGCCUUCCAGCAAAAAAAAGCGAGCAGAUGAACAAGAUAAAAAACAAAGUAAAAAAAGACAGCAGGUCCCUCAGACAGUCCAAAGGGAAGUUAAGAAACCAGAGGACUAUUCCCCUGCAGGAGAAAAUGGUUCUUCAAAAAAGGUGAAGCUAUCCAGGGCUGCAAUAGGCUCUUGGCAGCCUCUCACAGAGAACAGUAGGCAGUUACUGGAAAAUAUGGUGGAUUCAGUAGUACUAUCUGUUUUGUCCCAACAGAGGGAGAGUAAAGAUGAUGUUCAGAAGCACCUCAAUGUACUGAAAGAAAGGGUGCUGAGAAGUUUCAGGACUUUAAAGGUGCCUCCAGGGAAACUGGGCAACCUGAAGAAUAUCCUGAGCCUUCAAAUGGCAGAGAAACAAAUGCUUGAGACAAACGAGGAGUCUUUGCUACAGCUGCAGGAAGAAAUAACUGAAGCAGAGAGAUCAGCAGAGCGCAUUGAGGAAAAUAUACAGCAGCUGCAGUACAAAAUCCAGGUGCUCAAGAACCAGUUAGAGGAAGAUGAAAAAAAUGCCAGGAAGGUAUUCCAGGAAAACGGCAGUGGAGCACUCCGCCUCCCAGAACUCCCCCAGCGGAGUUUGCAGGCACCCACUUUGCAGGAAGAAAUUUUGAAGGUAAAGAAUCAGAAGGACCUUUUAAAGGAUUUGAAUGCUAUUCAUCGGUCAGCUGAUUUGAAGAACUUGUUAACCCUUGUUGAAAAGACCUAUGAGAAGGCGGAUUUGCUUUGAGAAGCCAAAAAUGUGUGGAGUCUCCAUGCUGAGUUUGGAAUCUACUUCCUGUUGUGACUGCUGAAUUUCUGUUAAAACGUUUUCUAUUAACAUUGGUAUAUAAAUCUGUAGAUACAUUUUGC